GCGGGGUUCGCCGCGAACCCAGCUCCUGGGUUCGUCUCCGAACGGAAGAUGAGGAGAUUUUCGAUUUAGGGAGAAAGAAAAUGAGGAAGAAUACGGACUCUCUUAAUAUUUUAGAGUGAAUUAUGCCUUACAGAGAGUCCUUCGCCUGGGUUAUUGUUCCUUUAUUUGAUAAUAGCAUUGGUGGAGCUUCCGGUGGAUCUGCUUCUCCUAGUAGCCGUCUUGCUCCUAGCAUGUCUGGGUGUAGUUCCCAUGAGGGUGUCCUUGAGUCUGUUGCAAAGAUUAAAUUAGAUGGGAAGAUGGGUUAUUCAAGCGGAAGCUCUAUUGUUGUUGAAAUAUCUAACUUGCAUAAAGUGAAAGAAAGCUAUAUUGAGGAGUCACUUCAGUCAUCCUGUGCCAAUGCCAAUAGGAGAAGAUGAGGACGAGGUAGAGGGUAGGGGAGGCUAUGGAAAAUGGGCUUUUUGUAUUUGAAAUGUAAUUAUAUGUCAAUGAGUUAGCUGAGCUUUAGAAGGUUUCUGUUCAUUUAGAGCUUUACAUUUUUUGUGAAACAAAUAAUGAUGUAAUUCUAACUUGUGAACCAAAAUUUGCUUUCAACUGGAGGUUGUACUGAUCAACUUAUGGAAUACUUCA